AUGUCUACACAGGAGCAGCAGCUCUGUCAGCUUUUGGCAGAGCUGCCUGCCCGGUUCGACAAUCGCUACAAUGACGAGGCUGCCCGAGAGCUUCUGACAAGCUUGUUCUGGUCUCUGGCCGGCGGCAACCACGACUACAUGCGACUCUUGUUCCCCGAUGGCAGACCCUCCGAGAGUCUGAAGCUCAGUGAUGCCCAAGGAGCCGUCGAAGGCGCAGAAUACACAGAAGCAGCUCGUGGCAAGCGGUGCGGACACAUAUUCAAACCUGGCGAGGCAACCUACAUGUGCCGAACUUGCGGAACUGACGAUACAUGCUGCCUCUGCGUCCGCUGUUACGAUUCAACAGAUCAUACCGGCCACAUGGUUCGAAUACAAAUGUCUGUCGGAAACAGCGGUUGCUGUGACUGCGGGGACGACGAGGCUUGGAAGACGCCUUUAUUCUGCACCAUCCAUUCCGACAUGAAACCCGGCCAUGGCAAGGGAAAGGGCAAGGAAGCCGCUGGUCUGCCGGACGAACUUGUCAAUAGCCUCUCCAUGACCAUCGGCCGUGUCUUUGACUACAUUUGCGAUGUUAUAUCCUGUUCACCGGAGCAGCUGAGACAGACAAAGACAAAAGAAUCGAUUCUAAAAGAUGAGGAAACGUCCCGACUGACUUCUGCCUACUACGGCUCCGAAGCCGCCUCCUGCAACGAUUUUGCCCUCAUACUGUGGAAUGACGAGAAACACACUGUCCAAGAAGUUCAAGAUCAGAUUGCCAGGGCUUGUCGAAAGACCCGACGGGAUGCCGCGAGGGAUGCUGGAGAGACUGAUAUGGUUGGAAGAAGCAUCUUGACCUACUUGCCUGACAUUGACAGGCUGCUUCAAAUGGCCAAAAUCAUGGAAGCCAUUAGAGUUACUGUUACGAUUCGGUCAGCACGAGACACCUUCCGUGAGCAAAUGUGCGGUACGCUUGUUGAAUGGUUGAGCGACAUAUCUGGCUGCUCCGUCGGACACGAUAGCAACAUUCUUAGACGAACUGUGUGUGACGAGAUGAUGAAAACAUGGCGACAGGGAAGUCUUGCCUCGCACACAGCUGGCCUGAUUGACGAUGAGGAUGAGGACGAUCAAAACAUGAUGUCCCGAACGAGGAUACACGGUGUAAAUGUGCGCUUUAUUAUGGCGUUACAAGCUGCAGCCGGCCCUGGCGGCACUCUCGAACUCGAUGUUGACGGAGAUGAUGACCCUGACGAAGAUCAAGACGAUGAUGCGGACAUGGGUGACAAUGACGGAGAUGAUGGUCAGUCCCCGACAAGCUCGGUGGCAGGCGGUGAUGAAGACGAGGACGACGAUGUCAUGAUGGUAGAUGCUAGAGGAGAUGUUGGUGAUCUCGGCAUGAACUGGUCACAGUCGGAUCAGGCUUUGGAAGAAGACGAGGCCACCAUGGCCGGCUAUCCUCCACCUCCGCCGCCGCCACCCGUUCAAGCAAGAGCAGCACCACGAGACCGUGACGGUACGCCUUCGGAUUCGGACACGGCCGACCCUUUGAUCGCACCUACAAUCUACGCCAAAGCGAAUGUCGACAUUCCGAAAACUCCUGGCAAAACAGAAAAGGUCACCCCGCGGCCCGGCAGGUACUGGAUCGAGACCCCGCAAGUUUACAUGCAGCGAGACAAUGUACCGCCUGCCGAGGAUGUAUUCCAACGCGUACGGCUCGAUUGGUUGCUUCUCUUUGACUUGCGGAUGUGGAAAAAGGUUAGGAUUGACCUUCGGUCCCUUUAUAUUUCGACAGUAGUGUCGGUUCCCGAGUUCAAGCGUGUUCUGGCCCUAAGAUUUGCCAGUCUGUACACCAUAUUGGCGCAGCUGUACCUUGUAGGCGACAGGGAGCCAGAUCAUUCCAUUAUCAACUUGUCACUGCAAAUGUUGACUACCCCUUCCAUUACUGCUGAAGUUGUGGAACGUGGCAACUUUAUGAGCAGCUUGCUAGCCAUCUUGUACACCUUCUUGACUACCAGGCAGGUUGGUCACCCGUGGGAUGUGUCCCCGGAUGCCGUCCUUGCAUUUGAAAGUGGAUCAGUGACCAAUCGCCGAAUGUAUCACUUCUACCAAGAUUUGAAAUAUCUCUUUGGCUCCCCCCACGUUCAGGAAAGAGUGAGGGCGGAGCCUAGAUAUUUGAUGCAGUUCUUGGACCUGGUAAAGCUUCACCAGUGCAUCGGACCAAACGUGCGAGCAGUCGUGGAGCAUGUCGAGUACGAAGCGGACUCUUGGAUAACAGCCUCGCUAGUGACACGACAAAUCAACCUCCAAGCACGGAAUCUUGCUGAAGCGUUCCGAGAUUGCCCCCCUGAUGAAAUACACUACCUCCAGCGAGCAAUACGCUUCACGGCCAAGACUGUAAUCUUGAAUUCCAUAGGUGCCGAACGCCAUAGAUUUAAGCAGGGGGAGAUCAAGGAUGAGGUCAAGUUCAAGACCCUGAGCGACUUUGAGUUUGACCCUGAAAAUACAUCCUAUCAAGUGGUCAAGUUUGUUGUUGAAAAGGACUCGAUAAGCUUCCACCACGCCUUGCACUAUACCUUGUCCUGGCUCAUUGAAUGCGGUCGUUCGCUCCCGGCAUCCAAUGUUAAGACUCUGAUGAGCUUCACUGGUCAAGAGCUGAGGUCAAAGCCAAGAUUAAUGGGCCGCCCACAGAUUCCGAGGAAGGACUACGACCCAGAAGACUACCUCGUGGCUGCCUUUGAUUUCCCUCUACGCGUCUGCGCUUGGCUGGCACAGAUCAAGGCCAACAUGUGGGUGCGAAAUGGAAUCAGUCUAAGGCACCAAGCGAGCACCUAUCGCGGCGUCGGGCAAAGAGACGUUUCGCACCACCGGGACAUCUUCCUUCUUCAGACUGCUAUGGUUGUAUGCAAUCCCGGCCGAGUCCUGGCUUCCAUCGUGGACCGAUUCGGUAUGGACAGCUGGGUAAAGGGACUGUUUGAGCUCAAGUCUGAGGCGCAGGAUGAUGCACAGCACCUUGACAUUGUUGAGGACAUGAUUCACCUUCUUAUUGUCCUCUUGAGCGAUCGUACGUCGCUCAUUGCACCCGAUGAAGAGCCGAAUUCCAAAAUGCUCGCCAUGCGACGAGACAUUACGCACGUCUUAUGCUUUAAGCCGCUCUCUUUCAACGAGAUUUGCGGUAAGCUACCAGAAAAGUACCAGGAGCAAGAAGACUUUCAUCGCGUCUUGGACGAAAUGGCGACUUUUAAACCCCCCGAGGGCGUUUCCGACGUGGGCACGUUUGAACUGCGCCAAGAAUUCAUUGAAGAGAUUGAUCCAUACAUUGCGCAUUACAACAAAAACCAGCGGGAAGAAUCAGAGAUGGCAUACCGAAAGAAGAUGGCGAAGACGACUGGCAAGACGGUCGAAGAGAUUGUCUACGAACCCAAGCACCGCCCCAUCCCGUCAGGCUUGUUUGAGAACCUCGGCCAGUUCACCAGAACCGGCAUGUUUGCCCAAAUCAUUUACUACUCCCUCCUGUAUCCCCUUGUCGCGCAAAGAUUUACACCGUCGGUGCCAUUUACCCGACUAGAAACUUUCUUGCAGGUGGUUUUGCAUCUAAUCCUCAUUGCUAUUCUCGAGGACAAGUCCAGCGAAAUCGAGUCUCUUGAGCAGCCGCCAAACUCCUUUGUCCAGAUUGCUCUCACCACCAUGGCUCGCAGCAACUUUAUGCCAGACGCGACCAAUUCCCGAACCAUUGUAUCUUUGUUGACGUUAAUGUCGAACAAGGAGGAAUUCAAGGCAGCUCACCCCAAGAUUGCGCUGGUCCUGCGGCGACUGAGGCAAAAGCGACCACAAGCCUUCGAGUUGUCCUUUGUGAAUCUUGGCAUUUCAGUCGACCGGGUCGAUACCGCGUCCCCGGCCAACAAUUCCGUGGAAGAGGAGCGGGAGAGGCGCAAAAAGGCUGCCUUGAGCCGUCAGGCCAAGGUAAUGGCGCAGUUCCAGCAACAACAAAAGAGUUUUCUUGAAAAUCAAGGCACCAUUGAUUGGGGCUCCGACUUGGAUGAGGACGAAGACGAAAUGGAGCAGUCAGAAGACCGAAAGCACAACUGGAAGUACCCGACAGGAACUUGUAUCUUGUGCCAGGAGGAAGCUGAUGAUAGGAGACUUUAUGGCACAUUUGCGCUUCUCAACGAAAGCCGCGUACUUCGACAGACCGAUUUCCAAGACCCCGAUCUGGUGCGAGAAGCUUCACAGACACCUUGCAACCUAGACCGAUCGGCUGAAGACAUUCGGCCGUUUGGGAUUGCUCGUGAGAAUCGAAAAAUGGUAGAAAAGCUCAAUGCGAGCGGAGAGACUUUUCUAGCUGAGCGACAGACUAUUGGCAAGGGUUUCAAACCCAACCUUUGCCGACCUGGCCCUGUUGCCAGCGGAUGUGGGCACAUGAUGCACUACCGGUGUUUCGAAGCAUAUUACGAAGCGACAAACCGGAGGCAUACUCACCAAAUUGCACGGCAUCACCCAGAAGACACGCGGCGUAAUGAAUUCGUGUGUCCGCUCUGCAAGGCCCUGGGCAACGCAUUCCUCCCCAUUAUAUGGAAAGGCUUGGAAGAGUCGUACCCUAGUUAUCUGCAACCUUCAAAAUCAUUCGGAGAUUUCCUUGACAUGAAGAUGGGCUCCGCGUAUUGGCUGCAAGGGGGUAAGGCUCCCGAGGUUGACUCGCCCGGCCUUCCAAACAUGUACACCCCCAGCGUGCCCGGCAGCUUGGUGGAAACUCUGACGAACCAACAGCCUGAAGGCGAGAUUUCGUGGGGGAGGGAUGAUCCUGACGCACAGUCGUCUGUACUUGGAACGCCCGCAAGCUCCUCGUUCUCCACGGCUGGCACCCCUGAGCCGGGUAACUCUGUCGCGGCUGCUGCCCCCAACAAUCAAAUACUGGGAGACUUGAAGUCGGCAUACCGACGCCUCAGGGACACUUUACGGGUGAAUGGACUGCACACUAGACACCCGAACGACGCUAAGACUACCGGCGGUGAUGACCUUUAUUCGAGCGAUACCCUGGUGCAAGCCGUUGGCUUUACCAUUUCGUCUGUGGAAAUCCAGCAACGUGGCGUCGAAGUCCAGCCUGGAAUGACACUGUUGGACAAAAUUCCCGAGCAAGUGCUGAUGCACCUGCGCGUUCUCUCGGAAACUGCGUCCUCCUACAUUGCUGUGGGAGCCGGCCAUACUGACGGGGUGCCGAAUCGCAUCGAAGAAGAAUUCACCCGUGACAGUGAGAGACAGCACUGCCAGUUGUUCAUGUGUCGAUACGUGGGAGCCCAAGACAUCUUGACCCCUGUUGUCCGGCGACCCUUGGACGCUUAUCCACCGCUGUUGAGUCUUGAUCCAUUCACCUUUCUGGUUGAGUGUACGUAUGGUCUCGUACCAGCCUACAACGCCGACAUUUUUCACCUGCUGCGGCUCUGCUACCUGGCUGAGCUUAUCAAGGUAGUCUUCCACAUGGGGCGAAAUGUGCCGUUUAGCAUGUGGAUAGAGGGCCUCGCUAGUAGGCACUCGCAGGACCCGGCCAUGCACAACUUUGCAAAUUUCGCCCUGGCAGUUACCAAGUGUGGGAUGGAGCUCGAGGUUGCCAACUUUGGCAAAACCGACGAUACCGAAGGCGAGAAUAGGGGCUUCCAACAGCCAGGUGUUGACACAUUGGAAAGCUGGUACACUUUUGUCAAGAAGUAUGCCUUGACCUUUUUGCGGAAAAGCGUCGUGUUCCUAUACGUCAAGUAUGGUGUCGACUUUAAUAGCCACAUUUCAUCGAGUCAGGAUGCAGACGCAGACGAACUCGACCGUCUGACAGAGGCGCUUCGGCUGCCCACCUUUGAUGAAAUGUGCGCGUCCAUGACGGAAAAUGCACCGGCUUGUAGCUGGCCAGAUUCAACGUAUGAUCUGGUCUCGGGUUGGAUUAAGCAUCAGGUGGUGUGGCCCAAUGGAUAUGGAGACAUGAGCCCGUCAGCUCUUGUUAGCCAUCCAGGCAUUUUCGAGCUCAUCGGUCUCCCAAAAACGUAUGACACCUUGAUUGAGGAGUCGAUCAGGAGGAAGUGUCCAUCCACGGGUAAAGACCUCACGGAUCCCGUCAUUUGCUUGUUUUGCGGCGAAAUAUUUUGUAGUCAGAGCAACUGCUGCCAGAAACCCGAAACAAUUGGGAGGGAGACCACUAGAAUUGGUGGUGCGCAGCAGCAUAUGCGAAAGUGUCAACAAAACAUUGGUGUAUACUUGAAUGUACGAAAGUGUUCAACAGUCUACCUCUUCCGACAGUCUGGGUCAUACGCCUCGGCGCCGUACAUUGAUAAAUACGGCGAGACAGAUCCCCAACUGCGUCACGGCCGACAACUCUUCUUGAACCAGAAGAGAUAUGACUCCAUGAUACGAAAUACAGUAUUAAAUCACGGUGUUCCCAGUCUUAUUAGCCGCAAACUGGAGGCCGAGAUCAACAACGGGGGGUGGGAUACUUUGUAA